AUGCCAUUUGACAAAAUCAAUGAGAUUAAAGACUUAAAUACCCAUUUGGGUUCUUUUAAUUCUUGUUUUUCUGAUCUCUCAUUAGCUCUUUUGGCUGCAAAGAACCUACUUUUAGCUGCUAAUGAAUUUGACACCAAGAUCCCUUCUGGUUCAGCGGCGAAGAAAAUACUUUUUCAGUUUCAAUGUGUUACAUGGAAAUUGGAGAAAGCCCUUGAUAGCUUGCCAUAUGAUCAUUUUGACAUAUCAGAAGAAGUGCGAGAGCAGGUUGAAUUGGUCAGAAUACAGUUGAGACGAGCCACAGAAAGAUAUAGUGGCCCUGUAAAUUCAAAUUUAUUAUCUCGAUCAUUGUCUCAACCGCUGGACAAGGAGAUUGAUCCACUCCAUUCAGGAAAUAGUGGAAUAGCAAGUUUACAUAUAGAGAAUAUUGGCAAUAUUGAUCAUGACGUUAGGCCAAAAGUUAGACGUGUUCCUCAGGGUAGUGUUCCAAAUGGAAGUGCUUGCAGUCAAAUAGUUCAGGAGUCAGAGAGAAUAGGAAAUUCAUCCAAAAUGUCCGAGGUUGGUGUUCCGGAGAUUUCUGGUUCGACUAGAGAAGAUGACUCUCCGUUUAAGAGUCACACGGAGAGUGAAAAGCUCGACUGUCCUGUAAUUCCUGUCGAGUUUCUUUGCCCAAUAUCCCUUGAGCUCAUGAGGGAUCCUGUUAUUGUCGCUGCCACAGGACAGACUUAUGAGAGAUCCUACAUACAACAAUGGAUAGAUGGUGGGCACACAACAUGCCCAAAAACUCAGCAACAACUCCAAAAUCUCACGCUCACCCCAAAUUACGCACUGCGAAAUCUUAUUAGUGAUUGGUGUGCAAAGAACAAUAUAGAGCAGUCAACCACAUUUGCAAAUGGGAAAAUAAAGAAAGGUGAUGGAUCAUUUCGCUAUGUUAGUCGGGAAGUAGCGGCUAUUGAGGUAAUUGUACGCAAGCUUUCAAGCAGGUCCAUCGAAGAUUGCAGGGCUGCAGUAGCCGAGAUCCGUUCACUUUCUAAAAGAAGCACGGAGAACAGAAUUUUGAUUGCUGAAGCGGGAGCAAUUCCAGUCUUAGUUAAAUUAUUGACGUCUGAAGACAGGCAGAUACAAGAAAAUGCUGUCACUGCUAUUCUUAACCUUUCUAUAUUUGAUGAGAACAAAGGUAUUAUAAUGCUUGCCGGUGCUAUUCCUUCUAUCGUUCAAGUUCUCAGAGCGGGGAGCAUGGAAGCAAGAGAAAAUGCAGCAGCAACCAUUUUUAGUUUGUCACUCGGCGAUGAGAAUAAAAUAUUAAUAGGUGGAUCCGGGGCCAUACCAGCACUCAUUGAUUUGCUUCUGACCGGAAAUAUAAGAGGGAAGAAAGAUGCUGCAUCAGCUUUGUUUAAUUUAUGCAUAUAUCAAGGAAACAAGGGUCGGGCUGUUCGGGCAGGGAUUAUACCAGCCCUGCUAAAAAUACUGACGGAUUCAAUGGUUGAUGAGGCUUUGACCAUUCUUUCAGUCCUAGCCAACCACCAGGAAGCUAAGGCGGCCAUAACAAGAGCUAGCACAAUCCCAGUAUUGAUAGAUCUUCUAAGGACAGGUUUACCUCGUAAUAAAGAGAAUGCGGCUGCCAUCUUACUCUCGUUGUGCAAGAGAGAUUCUGAGAAUCUUGCUUGCCUUUGUAGGCUUGGUGCGGUUAUACCUCUUUCGGAGCUUGCUAAGAGUGGCACCGAGAGAGCCAAGAGGAAGGCUACUUCAUUGUUGGAGUACCUAAGAAAGUCUCAGCAGCUCUAACAGGUGUUGUAGCAGUUAGAUUCUCAUUAUUUGUUUCUUUAAUUCUUAUUUGACCACGAAAAUUACACGAUAUCUUUUUAGAGUGUGAUCUAAGAAAACAAGCAUGAGAACAAUCUCAUUCUCAUUGCUUUAUAUAUAUCUAAUUUACUGAGUUUGAAUGUGCCAUAGACUGGUUUGACCUUUUUUUUUCAACUACCAGUUCAUUACAUUUGACGCGAACGGGGCGUAAAGAACGGGGCAUUUUGAUAUUUGGAGAAAUGUACUUUAUGUAUCCUUUCCAUUGCCUUUUUUGUGUUGUGGUCAUUUGAAUUAACAAGUCGACUAGUAUUACAUCAA